AAGGACACGUAUGGAGGAACAAGAAUUAACGACACGUUUGAACAUGGAACAACCUCAUCUCCAACGAAUUAACGUUCUCCACUCGUCCCUGCUUAUUCUUCUCCUUCCACAGGAAUGGCUUAUGUUCCACAUGGAAAUGCAAAUUUCAACUCUUUAUUCCUAAAAUUUGCAAUUUCUCAUGUGGGUAUUUCUUCUUUGCCCUUCUUGCACCCGGGACUGAAAUCUUGUACAGUCUUCAACAGAGGAACACUCAUUCGCCAGUGUUUAAAUGGAAAGCGGAAUUUUUCUCUAUCAGAAAAGCGAUUUAAUUGCAAGUUUUCAAAGAAAGACAGAUUCUUUAUCCCUAGAAGUAGUAGUUCUUCUAACUCUAGUGGAAGUACGGAUGAACCCUCUAAUGAGACAGAGAAGACACCAUUUGGAUAUACAAGGAAAGAUGUCCUAUUAAUUGGACUUGGAGUUACUUUACUUGGCAUUGGCUUAAAAAGUGGACUGGAGUUUGUUGGAGUUGACUCACUGCAAGCAGGAAAUGUAGUUCAGCUAGUGCUGGUUUUGGGCCUUACAGUUGGGUGGAUCUCAACAUAUAUCUUCAGAGUUUCAAACAAGGAAAUGACAUAUGCACAGCAACUACGUGAUUAUGAAAGCAAAGUGAUGGAGAAGCGGUUAGAGUCCUUAACAGAAGCAGAGCUACAAGCACUGCUUGAAGAAGUUGAGGAAGAGAAGAGUCGCUAGCUAGUGGUACACAGGUGAAUUGGAGUAGCUUGUUUGUAUAUAUACACUGAAAUGAAGUUUUGCCAAAGUAAUUGAAACAGAAAUUUCAACCUAUAUGGACUACUAGUUCUGAAAGAUUUUAGUGAUGCUUUCUUUAGUUUACUCCAGACAAAAGGGUGAGACUUCAAAAUCCUUAGUGUUCUGUUCACAAAAAAUUCCAGAUGGAAGCAACUCUGUAAGAUAUGAUGAUAAUGCUUCUUUUAAAUUCAUAUAAUUUUGUGACUUUUCUUGGAGCCGUUCACCACUGUUCUAUAAUACUAUGAUGAAUAAUGUUGAAGGUACCGUUGGAACUUGGCCUACAACCAUUUUCCUCAUAA